AUGCAAAUCAAGGAAGCUAUAUCUAACCUUCCUGUUGCGACAGAGGAGGAUGACACAGAAGAAGCAAUGUCUCUGAAAGAUAUUACAGUUACAGUAGAUGAAGGUGUUCAAUCGCUUGCCACAAAUGAGGAAAAUAAAGGUGUGGAGGAAGCUGACCCAUUUGGACUUGAUGCCCUGAUUCCUGAAUCCACAAAGAAAAGUGCAAAGAAUGACGCUAUAAGAAAGGAAGAGGAGGAAGAAACUAAACGAAUCCUUAAGUUACAAAGAAAAGCCCUCAUAACCUGUCUAGAGAUUGCUGCUCGGCGGUAUAAAACACCUUGGUGCCAAACCGUAAUUGAUAUUUUAGUGAAGCAUGCCUCUGAUAAAGUGGCAAGAUUUACUGCUCAUCAGAGGGAUGCUGUAGAGAAAUUGUGGGCUUCCAUACGGGAGCAACAGACUCGCAGGAGGCAAGGAAAGUCAGUUAAUGGAAAACUUGAUGUAAAUGCUUUUGAAUGGCUUCAACAAAAAUAUUCUACUGAGAAGAUUAGCAUUAGGCAUUCUGUUGGAGGUAGUGGAGACCGACGUGCCACACAAUGGCUUGGUUAG